UCAUUUAGGCUUUUAAAAGUUUUUCUCCGUGUGUGUUUGUUUAUUUUGCAGAAUUUUUUUCUUGUUAAUUUCCCUACUUUCUGAUAUUACAUCAGUUUUUGUUUGAUAAUAACAACAAAAAAGAUUUUCUAUCUUGAAUGGCUUCGACGGAGAGGUUCAACAAUGACAACAAUGAUAAUGAUGGAUCAUAUUAUUUGAAGCAACAACAACAACAUGUUCGUUCAUUUUGGAAUCCAAAUGAUGAAAAAGCUGCAUGUGGUGUUGGUUUUAUUGUGAAUAUUCAUGGUAAACCAUCGCAAAAGCUUUUACGAGAUGCACAAAAAAUCAGUGAUCGUAUGGAACAUCGUGGCGCUACAUCUGGCGAUAAUCUAACUGGUGAUGGUGCCGGUGUACUUGCAUCAAUACCCUAUGAAUAUUAUUCAAAAACAGUCAAAGAAACAUAUAACAUCAUUCUACCGGAACCGGGCAAAUAUGCAACUGGAAUAUUAUUUUUAGACAAAAUUACCAAUACGCAGGUAGAGGAAAAAUUUGCAUCAAUUGCAAAUGAAAAUGGACUACGCAUUAUUUGUUGGCGUACAGUACCGAAAAAUUCAUCGGUUAUUGGUGAAAUGGCACGCACACAGGAACCAUUAAUGCGACAAGUUUUCGUUGAAUCAGUUGAGACCGAUAUUGAUGAACGAGAAUUUCAACGUAAACUGUUUGCAUUACGAAAAUAUUCCACACAUCAAUUGGUGAAAGAAGGAUUUCGUUAUUAUAUCUGCAGUUUGUCAACAAAAAUAAUUAUCUACAAAGGACAAUUCACUCCAGCUCAAUUGUGGCAAUAUUUCGAUGAUCUUUGGGAUCCGGAAUUUAGUUGCUAUCUGGCAUUGGUACAUGCACGAUUUUCAACCAAUACUUAUCCAUCAUGGGAACGUGCCCAUCCCAAUCGUUAUCUUGCGCAUAAUGGUGAAAUCAAUACAUUACGUGGUAAUAUUAAUCUAAUGCGUGCCCGUGAAGGUGUCAUGUCAAGUAAAUAUUUUGGUAAAAAGCUAUCAAAACUGUAUCCAGUUGUUGAACCAAAUAUGUCCGACUCCGGUUCAUUGGAUAAUGUUUUGGAAUUUUUGGUUGUUGUUGGUGGACGCACCUUACCGGAAGCUGUUAUGACAAUGGUACCCGAAGCAUGGCAAAAUGAUGGCGAAAUGCAUCCGGAAAAGAGAUUAUUCUAUCAAUGGUCCGGUUGUGCUAUGGAGCCAUGGGAUGGACCUGCAUUAUUAACAUUUACCGAUGGUCGUUAUAUUGGUGCCAUUUUGGACCGUAAUGGUUUACGACCAGCACGUUUCUAUCAAACUGAAGAUGGUCAUGUUGUUAUGGCUUCCGAAGUGGGUGUCGUCGAUUUUCCAAACGAGGAAAUUGUGGCUCGGGGCCGACUAAAACCCGGUCGUAUGCUGUUGAUCGAUACCGAAGAAAAAAUUAUGGUAAAAGAUGAAGAGAUUAAAUUGAAAAUUGCACGAAAACGUCCACUAGCUGAAUGGCUGAAAGAAUUGUUCACCAUUGAAGAUCUACGUGAAGCACAUACGGUAUCGAAAUUGGCAAAAGAUGGUUCUUUCAAACGAAAAGCUGUACUAUUGGAAGGCCGUAGUGAAGAAGAGAUUGAAAGACGAGCAAAAGUACUUGAAGAUCGUCGAUUGCCAUUGUUUGCCUAUACAACCGAGACAAUCAAUCUAUUGCUUUUGCCAAUGGUUCGCACCCAGAAAGAGGCACUUGGUUCAAUGGGUAAUGAUGAACCAUUAGCCUGUCUAUCGCUAUAUCAACCCUUGAUCUAUGGAUAUUUUAAACAAUUAUUUGCCCAAGUCACUAAUCCACCAAUCGAUCCGAUACGUGAGAAAAUUGUCAUGUCGUUAGCAUGUCCAGUUGGACCUGAAGCCAAUAUACUUGAAUCAUCAGCCGAGCAAUGUCGUCGAUUAUGGUUAACACAGCCAAUAUUAUCAAUCAAUGAUCUAGAAGUGGUCAAACAAACAAGCUAUAAAGGAUGGCGUACCAAAGUGAUUGAUUGUGUAUUUCCCGUCAAAGAUGGCCGUCCUGGUCUACGCAAACGUUUGGAUCAAAUUCGUCGUGAAGCUUGUGAUGCAGCACGCAAUGGUUAUACAAUAAUUGUGCUUAGUGAUCGUAUGGCUGGUCCCCAGUUUGUACCAGUUUCAAUGUUAUUAGCAUUAGGUGCUACACAUCAUUUUCUCAUCAAUGAACGACAACGAAUGAAAGUGGCAUUAUUUGUUGAAUCGGGUGAAGCACGUGAAGUACAUCAUAUGUGUGUAUUAUUGGGUUAUGGCGCCGAUGCUAUUUGUCCAUACCUGGUCUUCGAAACUGUUGCCGCUUUACGUGAAGAAGGUAUCAUACAACUGACCGAUUUGGAAGCAUUCAAAAAUUAUUUUCUAUCAAUGGAACGUGGUAUUGCUAAAGUUAUGGCUAAAAUGGGUAUUUCAACACUCCAUUCGUAUAAAGGUGCACAAAUAUUUGAAGCUGUUGGUCUGGGUGAAGAAGUUAUUGAUUUUUGUUUCAAAAAUACGCCAUCUCGUAUCGGUGGUAUCAACUUCAACGUAUUAGCCGAUGAAGUAUUGGAACGACAUUCGAUUGCAUUCAAUAAACAAUAUUUUAUUGAUCAAUUAAUACUUCGUAAUCCGGGCUUUUAUCAUUGGCGUCAUGGCGGCGAAAAGCAUAUCAAUCAUCCCAUGGCCAUUGCUACACUACAAGAAGCAGCUACAUUAAAUUCACGUAAUGCUUAUCGACAGUUUGUUGAUUAUACUCAUGAACAGGUCAAAGAUUGCACAUUACGUGGACAGAUGACAUUUGUUUAUGCAUCAAAAGCUGUACCAUUGGAUGAAGUUGAACCGGCAACAAGUAUCGUCAAACGUUUUGUAACCGGUGCAAUGUCAUUCGGUUCAAUAUCAUAUGAAACGCAUACAACAUUAGCUAUAGCGAUGAAUCGUGUGGGCGCCAAAUCCAAUACUGGCGAAGGUGGAGAGGAUUCUGAACGAUGGCUAAUCAAAGAUGCGGAUAAUAAUCGACGUUCGGCUAUCAAACAAGUUGCAAGUGGACGUUUUGGUGUUACCUCGGCAUAUAUUGCCAAUGCUGAUGAAUUGCAAAUCAAAAUGGCACAAGGGGCUAAACCAGGUGAAGGCGGUGAAUUGCCUGGCCAUAAAGUAUCGGUGGAAAUAGCCAAAACAAGACAUUCAGUACCUGGUGUUGGUCUUAUAUCACCUCCACCACAUCAUGAUAUUUAUUCAAUAGAAGAUCUCUCCCAAUUGAUCUAUGAUCUUAAAUGUGCAAAUCCAAAUGCACGUAUUUCGGUGAAACUUGUAUCGGAAGUUGGUGUGGGCAUUGUAGCAGCUGGUGUUGCUAAAGGUAAAGCUGAACAUAUUACAAUAUCCGGCCAUGAUGGUGGUACUGGUGCUUCAUCAUGGACCGGUAUUAAAAAUGCUGGUCUGCCAUGGGAAUUGGGAAUCUCUGAAACGCAUCAAGUUCUAGUCGCCAAUAAUCUACGAUCUCGUGUUGUUUUACAAGCCGAUGGCCAGAUACGUACUGCUCAAGAUGUUAUCACUGCUGCAUUGUUGGGUGCAGAUGAAUUCGGUUUUUCCACAGCACCAUUAAUUACUUUAGGUUGCAUUAUGAUGCGAAAGUGUCAUCUAAAUACAUGUCCAGUUGGUGUGGCUACACAGGAUCCAGAAUUACGUAAAAAAUUCAAAGGACAACCCGAACAUGUAAUAAAUUACCUGUUUUUAUUGGCCGAAGAAAUACGUGAAGAGAUGGCUAAAUUGGGCAUACGUCGUUUUCAGAAUCUGGUUGGCCGUACUGAGCUAUUACGUUUUACGCCCAAUCCGCGUAAUCCAAAAGCAUCACUUUUGGAUUAUACAUUGUUACUUUGUAAUGCCCUUUCCUUGCGACCGGAAACAAAUAUUGUUGGCGGUUCGGUUCGACAAGAUUUUGAAUUGGAAACACGAUUGGAUAAUAAAUUAAUAGAAUUAUCACAGGAAAUUAUUGAUGGUAACUUUUUACAGCCAGUUCAUAUUGAAAUGGAAAUCAGCAAUAGAGAUCGUGCCUUUGGCGCAACACUUAGCUAUCAUAUUUCUCGUCGUUAUGGUGAGGAUGGCCUACCGAAAACUCUUAUUAUUGUUAACCUUAAAGGUUCUGCUGGACAAUCAUUCUGUUUAUUUCUUGCGAAAGGUGUAACUGUUACACUUGAAGGUGAAUGUAACGAUUACGUUGGUAAAGGUUUAUCCGGAGGUGAAAUUAUUAUUUAUCCGCCUAAAAAUUCACCGCCACAAUUUGAAUCGGAUAAAAAUGUUAUCGUCGGUAAUGUUAGUUUGUAUGGUGCUACUUCUGGCCGAGCAUUUUUCCGUGGUAUUGCUGCCGAACGUUUUUGUGUACGAAAUUCCGGUGUAACGGCCGUUGUUGAAGGUGUUGGUGAUCAUGGAUGUGAAUAUAUGACCGGUGGUAUUGUCGUUGUUCUUGGUCUAACUGGUCGUAAUUUUGCUGCCGGUAUGAGCGGUGGUAUUGCUUAUGUCUAUGAUGUCGAUGGACGAUUCAAUCGACGAUGUAAUCUUGAAAUGGUGGAAUUGUUGCCAAUGGAAGAGGAUGAAGAUAUAACGAAAUUACAAGAAUUGAUUCAUGAAUUCUGGGAGAAAACCGAUUCCAAAGUAGCCGAACGUAUAUUGAAUGAUUGGCAAAAUGAAUUGAAUAAAUUUGUUAAAGUUUUCCCUUAUGAAUAUCAACGUGUGCUCAAAGAUAUGAAACUCAAAAAACCUUUGAUACCUAGCCGUCGUGCUAGUCCUGCUACCACACCAUGUGAUCCACCGAAGGAUAUCGAAGAUAUUGUACCCGAUCUUACCAAAUUGGAUAAAUUGAAAGGUUUCAUGAAAUAUAAACGAAUCAAAACCUAUUAUCGUAAUACCGACAAACGUGUCAAAGAAUGGGAUGAAGUUUAUGAUUUUAGAGCUAUUCGGGAAAAUGUUCGCGUACAAGCCUCAAGAUGUAUGGAAUGUGGUGUGCCAUUUUGUCAAUCACCACAUGGCUGUCCAUUGGGCAAUAUAAUACCACGAUGGAAUGACCUUGUCCAUAAGAAUGAUUGGUAUGAAGCUUUGAAACAAUUAUUACAGACAAACAACUUUCCAGAAUUUACUGGUCGUGUAUGUCCGGCACCAUGUGAAGGCUCCUGUACAUUGGGCAUUAUCGAUAGUCCAGUGGCAAUCAAAACAAUCGAAGUAUCGAUAAUUGAAUAUGCAUUCGAACAGGGUUGGAUACGAUCCAAUUCACCAAAAUACCGUUCGGGCAAAAAAGUUGCCAUAAUUGGUUCUGGACCGGCUGGUCUUGCCUGUGCUGAUCAAUUGAAUAAGGCUGGCCAUACUGUUAGUGUUUAUGAACGACAAGAUCGUAUUGGGGGUCUUCUUCAGUAUGGAAUUCCAACAAUGAAGCUUUCCAAACAAGUUUUGCAAAGACGAAUCGAUCUAAUGAGCGAUGCUGGUAUAAUGUUUAAACCAAGUACAAAUGUCGGUGUCGAUAUUACUGGACAAGAAUUGCUUGAACAAUAUGAUGCUAUAUGUUUGACUACAGGAGCAACAUGGCCACGUGAUCUUCGAAUACCUGGCCGCGAAUUGAAGGGAAUAUAUUUUGCUGUUGAUUAUCUACGUAGUAGUCAACAAAAAUUAUGGCAGAAUUCAUUCGAUCAUCCCAUUACGGCAAAAGAUAAAAAUGUCAUUGUUAUUGGCGGUGGUGAUACCGGUUGCGAUUGUAUCGGUACAGCUUUACGACAGGGAGCUAAAAAUGUUGUGGCAUUCGAAAUACUUCCGAAACCACCAAAAGAUCGUGCUGAAGAUAAUCCAUGGCCACAAUGGCCUAAAAUAUAUCGUAUCGAUUAUGGACAUGAAGAGGCUAAACUACGUUGGAAUGAUGAUCCACGCAUCUAUGAAAUUUCAAGCAAAAAAUUUAUCGGAGAUGAUAAUGGCAAUAUCACCGGUAUUGAUACUGUACGCGUUAGUUGGACCAAAAACGAUAAAGGUGGCUGGGUUAUGAAUGAAGUUUUGGGCACUGAAUUAACAUUCAAGGCUGAUCUUGUACUAUUGGCAAUGGGCUUUCUUGGACCAGAAUCCACAAUCAUCGAACAGCUUAAUCUGACCAAGGAUAAUCGUUCGAAUAUAUUGACCAAACCAAAUUCAUAUCGUACACCGAUCGAACGUAUAUAUUCAGCUGGCGAUUGUCGCCGUGGACAAUCAUUGGUCGUGCAUGCUAUACAUGAGGGUCGUCAAGCUGCACGUGAAAUUGAUACUGAUUUCAAUGAAAAAGCUAACAAAUCUGGUUUACCGGGUCCCGGUGGUAUCAUACCAUUUCCCCCACCAUAUGAACAAUGUGUAGCAGCCAAUUAAAAUGACAUCAACAACAACA